GAUGCAGGUUCCGGGCCCCCCGCGUGUGGCGAGGAUGGCGGCAGCGGCUGCGUGCACGUUGAGGCUGGCGCUGCGCAGGGACAGCUUCCUGAGCGUCCCCUCGAGCCUGGCGCACAGCCUGCACCUGCAGCAGGGCCAUGUGGUUGUGAUGAGCUGGGGCACAGGACAGGAGGCCUUCCUGGGCUGGCUGUGCCAGGGCCUGGCAGCACAGCACGACCAGACGGUGGAAAUCGGUACCACCGUGGCUUUCCACCUGAACCUACGUGACGGUCAAGAGGUACUGCUGACAGUGCUCAGAGACGUCCCUUCCUGCCAGCAGGUUUUACUGGAGCCUUUAACCUUGGACGAUUUUGAAAUUUUGGAGCUCCAUGCGGCAGAGCUGGAGGAACAGCUGCUCAAUCAAGUUCGUGUGGUCUACGUCGGAAUGACUUUAUCCCUGUGGAUCAAUCAGUCCGUUCUGGUUAACACCCGAGUAGUGUCACUGAUGCCCUUCAGUAACUACGGGAGGCUGGAGGUGGACACGAGGCUUCUGGUGGAGCCCAAGUAUCGGCACGAUGUGACGGAGCGAGACAUGGGGACCUCGGCGAUCGCGAACACCGGCGGCGCCGGCGGCGGGGCAGCGAGCGUCCGCGACGAUACGUCGGUGGGGAGCGACGAAGCACGGUCGGGAAGGAGCUCCGCACACGUGGACUCGGCUUCCAAGAGCAACACGGAGGCAGGAGGUGGCGUGGCGGCGAGGAACCAGCCGGAUCUGUGGAGCUCCAUGUGGAGCUGGUUUACGAGUGCGCUCUGGCAGCGAGGUGACGCGUCGACUCUCGCAGGGGCGGCGGCCGAGGAUAAAACGGUGUCCCGGUGGAGACCUUCGGAUUUCGACGGCGUGUACCGGGUCACGAGGGUAGCGCCGGCGACUCCGGGCGAGCGCGGCCAACUGCAGGCGGCCAACGCGGUCGUUGUGUUUCCCUCCGGGGUGCGCGAGGGAAACGCGGCCACGUGGUUCGCCGAAAUCUGCAGACUUGCGUCGCCAAAAGAGCGAAAGGAGAAGGCGAAGAAGAGAAGCGCGGCGUCAAAGGGCGAUGGGAAAAAGUCGCCGAGCGAGGAGGAGGAGCGAGAGGACCGCGGUGCUGUGCCGUGCAUCGUCAGGGCCACGGUGGCGCAGCCCGGCAACCGAGCAGGCGACUGUGAAGGAUGCGAUUCGUAUUGGGCAAGCGAGCCCGGGAGUCGCUCGCAGCUACACACGGGAAUGAUAUGGGUGCCAGAGCUGCUGAGGUGCAGGCUUCAGCUGGAGGCCUCUUCCACAGUCCAACUGAAAGCAGCCACAUCCCAACCUGCAGUGGCUUUGGCUGUGGAGUUACAGCCACUUCUGCCUUUGGACGCGUCUGUGUGUGAAGACACCGUGUACCAGUCCUGGCUGUCCUGGCUUAAACUCUGCUGCAUGGACACUCACGGCAUUCCCACCGCGAAGUGCAGCGAAGUGGAGCUCAACAUCUCAGGGCAACUGAAAACGUUUUCAUUGGCUGUGGUGAAACACAAGAGGAUAUCAAGCGACCACGAGCCAUCGUAUUUCAUUCUGUCGCACAAGUGUCUGUUUAGAUCAUCAGUCAAGGUUACCCUGUGUCCAAGUGAGAAGGGCUGGGUUAUCUGCAAGCAAACCGAAGACUUAGACCACCAACUCCCUUUCAUUCCGCUGGAGCGUUUAGGCGGCGUUGAGCAGGCGGGGAGACGGGGCGAGCUACACGUGCUGCAGAGCCUCGGGUGGGGCCACCUCUUCAGCUGCCUGGGGGCUCCGUGGGGACUUCACAAUGGUGGGCUCCUCAUCACGGGCCCCAAGGGCUCUGGCAAGACAGCCCUGGCGAGGGCCAUCUGCAAGCAGGCUGCAGAGAGGCUUGAUGGGCACCUGGAGAUCAUAAGCUGCAAGUCCCUGAGAGGGAAAGCGACGGAGACGAUCGCCGGCGUUUUGGAAGCGGCGAUGAGAGAGGCGGUGUGGAGGCAGCCGUCGCUGCUGCUCCUGGACGACCUGCAUCUCGUGCUGGGCUCAACCUCCAACUUCGGGCCCGAAAACAAUCCGGAGGACAACCAGGCCCUGCAGCUGACGGAGGUGUUCAAACAGCUGUUGUGCGCGGAGAUGUCGCAGAGGAGCAUGGUGGCACUGGUGUGCACCGCAGAGUCGGAGGGGGCGCUGCACCGCUCGCUCGUCUCCGCUCAGGGCCUCCACGUGUUCCAGCUGGGGCACGACGUGGCCCCCCUCACGCGGGAGGACGGCCAAGAGCUCCUGGCGGCUGUCAUUCGCAACAAGUCGAGCGUCUCUGCGCGGGGACUGAGUGGCGCAGAGCUGCAAGAGGUCGCCAAGCUCACCGGCGGCUUCCUCGCUCGGGACGUCGUGCAGCUCGUGGAGCGGGCAGUGCACGCCCACUUGCAGGCCAACGCGCCGCCCCACGGGGAUGGCACGCCGCAAGGGCUAAAUCUGAGCACAGAGGACUUGAGGGCAGCUCUGCGUGGCUUCACGCCGUCCUCCCUAUGCAAUGCGAAUCUCCACGAGCCCUCGGGCCUCGGCUGGGACAGUGUGGGCGGCCUGGCCGCCGUCAAGCAGGUGCUCAUGGACACUGUGCAGCUGCCGGCCAAGUACCCUGCGCUGUUCGAGAGGCUCCCGAUCAGACAGCAGACGGGGGUCCUGCUGUACGGCGCCCCCGGCACGGGGAAGACCCUCCUGGCCGCGGCGGUUGCUCAUGAGAGUGGCAUGAACUUCAUCAGCAUCAAGGGCCCAGAACUGCUGAAUAAGUACGUGGGAUCGAGCGAGCAGGCCGUCAGGGACGUUUUUAAGAGGGCCCAGGCCGCGAAGCCGUGCGUUCUGUUUUUUGACGAGUUUGAUUCGCUUGCUCCUCGCCGCGGCCACGACAACACGGGCGUGACGGACCGCGUCGUUAACCAACUGCUCACCCAGCUGGACGGCGUGGAGGGACUGCAUGGAGUGUAUGUGCUGGCUGCCUCCAGCCGCCCGGACCUGAUUGACCCGGCCCUGCUGCGUCCGGGCCGACUCGACCAAACGCUCUUCUGUCCACCUCCCUCACUGGAGGAGCGUCUGGAGAUCCUUCACGUGCUGAGCCGGCCCCUGGUGUUGGCCGAGGACGCUUGCCUGCAGCCGGUGGCUGAGCAGACGGUGGGGUUCACGGGAGCUGACCUCAAGGCCCUGCUCUACAAUGCCCAAAUGGAGGCCAUCAACAGCCUGCAGGCCGACGCCUUUGUCGUCAACAAUAACAACAAGCAGGAGGGCGCGGCGGGGAGCGAGACGGACAGCCUCUCCUCCAUGCUAUUCCCUGCGACGAGCGGCGGCUCCGAGGAGUCGGGGCCCGAGUCGGGCCUGGAGCCGUCGCUCACCUCGCUGGAUGCCUGUGAGCUGCUGCCCGCCGCAGAGGAGCCGCCCCUCCCCGACGUCUGGAGGCUUUACUUUGGCAGCUCCUACGAGUCCGAAAUGGGCAAUGGACUCUCCUCGGAGCUGGCCACGCAGGAAGCAUCCCUGAAGCAGCAGCUGCAGUGGGCGCUGGGCCAGUCGGUGCUGUACAUGCCGUCCCUGCAGCAAGGCUUCUGUGAGCUGAGUCCAACGGAGACCGAUUCCCGCCGUGCUGAGCUCUCUCUCAUCGUCGAGAACGGACGCGCUGUCCACGGUGUGGACAUAAAGAACGGUGAAACCCAAGCUGAUAAUGAGAAGACAAUGAAGAGACUGCAGAUAAAGCAAUCACAUCUGCUGGCUGCGUUGGCGAGCACAUGUCCAUCUAUCUCCAGUGAAGACUGGGCAGUAUUUAACAAGCUAUACAAAAACAUCAGAGGCUGCCAAGAGAACAGUGAAGGCGACAGGACCCGUUCCCCUCUCCAAAGAGUCACCCUCGCUUAACCGACGAUGCUACACACUCGAGCGGUUGCAUUGACGGUGGUGUUGGCACACAAGGCAAAGCACCCGUUAUGACAGCCAUCACAUUCUAAAUUGAGAACUAAUUUCUUUAGAGCCACUUUUUGUGUUUAGUGUUGUUUUCCUUUCCUCGCACCUCUGAUUAGCACGUUUGGCUACGUACGGUGCGAAAGAAGUUCAGCGUACAUACGUAUUAACACUGCCGGAUAACAAAAAUAUCCUGACACGUAGGCCACGUAAUGAUCAACGUCGGAUCUAAUUGAUUAAUUUGGUUUUGAGAAAUAUUCUUCCAACUCAUCGUUGGCAUGUCGUCUAUCGCUUGACCACCACGUGACAAGUCCUUAGGCUGUGUCAGGUGGCGGAGGGUGCUGUGGUAGAAACUUGGCCAGAUCAUCACACAGCCCCAAAUCCAAUAAUCAAUUUUGAAAAAUCUCUUGGCUGCUCUUGGCUUUUUAUGAGCGCAGAGGGGAAAGCAGAACAUUUCUAGUUGUAGUUUUGAAACUGUGCUUUACAAGGUGUUGAAUACGUUUUGGAUAAUUGCUGACAGUUUUCUAUAAAAUGUGAAAAUUAUUGGAACUAUAAAUCGGUUGAAUGUGACGUUUUUAAUCGCACCCGCUAAAAUGUGUGGGACUGAUUUUGACUGCUAUUGCAGUUAGCCUUAUUGUAAUCGAUCAUUGAUAGGGAUGUGAUGCGUGGAGCUCUUUCAGCUAUGAUUGUGCCACUAUUUAGCAGAAUGACGGGUCUGUUAAUAUAUCAGCGGUUUAAAAUUGCUCUCGUGUUUAAAACAAAAUUGAUUCACAAUGCUCACGUUUCCCUUGCAAUCUGCUCAAUAAGAGCCAUUACUUGAAACGGUGCUACGAGGUAGUAUUAAUGACAACGUUCAAAACAGACAAGCUGGGAAGGCUGCCAGGCGGUGAGCCGGCACCAAUAAUUGCUCUGCACUUUUCUAUUAAGAUAAUUUUCAGCCAAUAUGUGGUGUUCAUUAUACAUGUGGCAGCAAUAUGGAGCAUUUGGAGAAAUACCGCACAUGUGAAGGGGCAACACCCUUUUUCCAUACACCUCUGACGAGCACGGUUGGCUACGUAGGGUGCGAAAGAAGUUCAGCAUAAAUGCAUACAAUGUGCAGAUGAUAUCGGUGUGCACGUUCCUGUGCUGCAUCCUACUGGCGAGCCCAGGGUGCUUGCACCCGAAACCCACGGCAAGGGAGCCGCCUCCACAGUGCUGCAUUACAAGCCACGUGGCGAGCCAACACUGCCAGGCGGUGUUGAGGUGCUCUUGAGUUUCGCUGACAAAACUCUCACAACCUGAACUGCCUCGGUGACGAGCAUAUGAAAGAUAAUAGGAUGUCCGUGCCACACAAGCAUGUACGCCAAUAUAGCAUGGGUUCUAUGUAAUGUUUUAAAAUUUUCUUUUAAAGUUGAACUGCAAGGCCAGGUAAUUAUUUUGAGAAUUGUAAAUAGUAAAACUCUGAUUUGUACACUGUAUUUAGUAAUUUUCAGACGAUAUGAUGUAUCUGAUAUAUUAUCACGCAUGUCUACAGAUUUACAUAUAAUUUAAACGUUUCGUUUACAAUUUAAUCUUCUCGAAUGCACUGGUAAUAAAUCAUUUUCAGUGAUG